AUGGAGGCAAACCUGACCAUGGGCGACAAGUCUAGUCUCUGGCUGCAGGCCAGUCACCAAGCCAAUCGCGCCGCGUAUCGCGCGUACUCGUUCACUUCGUGCGACACAACCGCCCUGGUGGCAGCCGAAGAGGACUAUCAGUCGGCAAAAUCCGUUACCUUUGACCUUCUUGAUUUGGCCAAGACAGACGUAGCUCCAAGGGACUCAAAAUUCGACUUGGUCAUCGCCAAGCGGGAUGCUAUGACUCCCGAACUUUUGGCCAAUGUUGCGCGGAAUUCACGUGCCUUGCUGGCCGAUUCAGGCUCUUUUCUCGCCAUCGAAACGUUCCUUCUCGGGACUGAAAGCACUGACGGUGUCAUCAACGGGCACACGCCGUUUGAGCAUAUCCCAUCAAUCAUUCGCGAGGCAGGUUUCACAGACGUCAUCAAAAUCCCUUGCAACUCUGUUCAAUGGGCCUAUCGCUGCUCGGUGGGCAGCGAGAACAAGGCUACUCCCCGGGGUAGAAUUGAUGUUGCGAGGUUGUCGGAUGCCUGCGAUCCUAUUCUGACAAGAGCACGACUAGGCCUAGAGGUCCUGGGAUGGACUGUCGUGGAACAUGUGUUUCCCUUCUCUCAUCUCCAUCCAGGAUCACCCAUCGUCGUUCUCGACGAGCCCUCCCAUCCCGUGCUGGCCUCUGUCUCACCAGAGCAAUGGGAUGCCAUCAAAGAGGUCACUUGCAACAAACGAUGCCCCCUGCUCUGGGUCACCGUGGGCUCUCAAUUCAGAGUCCAACAGCCCGAUAACGCCCUUGUUCAUGGCUUUUUCCGCAGCAUCCGGGCUGAAGGCCCCAGUCUUCGCCUGACUACACUGGAUGUGGAAGAGGCUGAAAGUCCAACUACGACUGAUGCCAUUGACCGCAUCCUGCGCCGUCUGCACUUGCCGGGGCCCAAAUCCCAGGUCGAUAACGAAUACGUUGAGCGAGGCGGUGUCAUUUAUAUCAGCCGAAUCAUUGUUGAUGACGGCAUCAACAAGGUCCGCACUGACAGGCUCAAUGGGGCAGAUCUGCAGGAGCGGUCGCUCCAUGACUUGUCCACCACCGCCCGUCUACAAGCUGAGCGACUGGGCACUCUCGAGUCUUUCCACUAUGGGGAAGUCUUGGCCACCGAGUUGCCAGUCAGGGAUGGCUGUCUCGAAGUGGAGAUAUACGCGGCCGGACUUAAUUUCAAGGAUGUCGCAGUCACUAUGGGCAUCGUCCCGGAGAACGAACGUCUCCUGGGAGUCGAGGGAGCUGGUUUCGUUAGGCGAGUGGGAAAGGGAGUCCCUUACUCACCUGGAGAUCGCGUCGUUGUCUUUGAAAAGGUUUGCUUUGCCAACCGCAUUCAGGUCAGUAAGGAGAGAGCACAUCUCCUGCCAGAUUCCAUGUCCUUUAAGCACGCUGCUACCCUCUUGGGAGUUUAUCUCACUUCUCUAUACGCUCUGUUCAACCUGGCCAAUUUACGACGCGGCCAGAGUGUGCUAAUCCAAUCUGCUGCUGGGGGUAUCGGUAUAUCCAGCAUUCACCUAGCGACGUACAUCAGUGCCGAAAUCUACGUGACUGUGCGAUCUGAAGAGAAACGUCAGUUCCUCCAUGAGAACUUUGGAAUCCCUUACGAACGCAUGUUCUCUUCGCGGAUGACGCAAUUUGCUGCGGGCAUUUUGGCAGCUACCAAUGGCCGCGGUGUAGACGUUAUUCUGAACUCUCUGACCGGCGAGCUGCUCGAUGAAUCCUGGCGCGUCUGUGCCGACGGAGGCACCAUGGUCGAGAUCGGUAAGAAGGACGUCUUGGACCGCAACAAGCUGUCCAUGGAGCCAUUUGAUCGAAACUGCUCCUUCCGGGCGCUAGACUUUUCCCACAAGGCCAUCACCGAUGCGCUCAUUGCUGAUCUCAUGCAACAACUCUUCGUGCUUUAUGAAGGUGGACAUGUACAUCCGAUCCACCCGAUCAAGGUUUUCCCCUUUGAGGACAUCCCUGCGGCAUUCGCAUACAUGCGCAGCGGGCGCCAUAUCGGUAAGAUGGUGAUCUCCAGCGGGGAGGCUAGCUCGGUGCAGGUUCCUGUACGUCCGGCACCUCGGACGUUUGAUCUCCUCCCUGAUGUUGCGUACUUGAUUGUCGGGGGACUGCGUGGACUAUGUGGAAGUCUUGCCAUCUACAUGGCCCAGCACGGAGCCAAGCAUAUUGUGGCCAUGUCUCGCAGCGGCUGUGGCGAUGAACAGUCGCAGCGCGUGGUGCAGAACUGCUGGUCGUUUGACUGCGAGGUUUACGCAGCCAAGGGAGAUGUAGCGAGCUGGGACGAUGUUCUUCGUACAUUGCAGGUCACCCCGGUCUCCGUCGGAGGGAUCAUCCAGGGAGAUAUGGUGUUAAGAGACAAACCAUAUGAGAUGAUGACGGUGGAGGAAUACCACGCAACUAUCAGUAGCAAGGUUCAGGGGGCGUGGAACAUGCACCAUGCGGCACAGCAUCUGAACCUGUCGCUCGACUUUUUCACCAUGUUAUCCAGCAUCUCCGGCGUUGUGGGCCAGAAGGGACAGGCGAAUUAUGCUGCUGCCAACGUGUUCAUGGACGCCUUUGCCGUCUACCGUCAGUCUCUGGGUCUGCGGCCUAGCUAG